UGUACGUAGCUCGUCUACAAUAAAGUAUUUAUUUAUUUAUCUGUUCACAAAAAACAGGCAUUCGUCCAUAAUGGAAAACAAGGAAGACUUCGAUAAUUUCCUGAAGAACGUGGAUGAGAUAAGCAAGAUGGUCAAAGACAUGUCAUCGGCCGACACCAGUAGUCAGGUGAAAGCAAUGGAGCGCGCUGACAGCUGGCUGGGGGCUGCUAAGCUGACGGACUCCAAGCAGCAGAAGGGAGCCAUCAACCGGACAGUAAUUAACACAGCCCCCUCAGCUACCGUCACCGCACCACUGACAAGCGCCUCGGCCCCGGGUCUCUCUGGUGAUCCAGGAGCCAGCCAAGAGGCAUUCAUGAGGAUGCUUGAGAAGGAUGCGGAGGAGAGGAGGAAGAGGAGGAAGGAGAGGGAGGAGAAGGCCAAAGAUCUGAAGGCCAGAGGCAACGCGGCCUUCACCCAGGGGGACUACGAGAGCGCAGUGCUCCUCUACACACAGGGCCUGGAGGAGCUCAAAGACAUGCAGGAGCUCUACACCAACAGGGCACAGGCCCUUAUCAAGUUGGAGAGGUACAACGAUGCCAUCAGUGACUGCGAAUGGGCUCUAAAGUGCAAUGAGCGAAGUGUGAAGGCAUACGUGCAUAUGGGUCGGGCGCAGCUGGGCUUGAGAGACUAUGCAAAGGCUAGAGAGUGUUAUGAGAAGAUCUUGGAGAUUGCACCUGAGCGUGAGGCCAUGGUUAAAGAUUACCUGUCCCAGGUGGAGCGGACGGAGAGGAGAGAGCGGGAGGAGCAGCGUGCGAGAGAGGAUUGCCAGAAGGCGGAGGAUGAGGAGGAGGAAAAGGAGAAUAAGGAGGAGGAGGAGAAUAAGGCCUCCAUGAUGAUGAUGAUGAUGACGGGGGGGUCCUCCUCCUCCUCCAGGGAGACGCAGGUGGGCCGGCUGCUGCAGCUGCUCCGUAAGCUGGACACGCCCCACCAGAUGAGCCUCUACUACUGCGGAGGCCUGGAGCUGCUCACACACGCCAUUGCUGACUGCACUGGACAGACCAUUUUCAGGUUACAAAACGGCUUCGGUAUCAUCCACGGGAACAGCACCAUCCUUAGCUGUCUCUUGCAGAAGUCCGAGGACCCAUGUGCAGAAGAGCUGUGUUUGGCUGUGCUGAAACUGUGGAGCACCGUCUGCAGAGGAAAUGAGACAAACCAGCAGCUGUUGAUGGAGUGGGAGAGAAUGCAGGAGUGUGUGAUGUGUUUGUUGGCGUCGACCUCUGAAGUGGUACGGUACGAGUGUGUGUCCCUGCUGAUAGCAUACACACACACCAAGGAAGGCAGCGGCCUGCUUGUGGAUAAGCUGGAUAUGCAUAUGUUGGUUGAGCCCCUGAGGAGGUGUAUGGAUGUUAGAGGUCUCGAUACAAGAGUGCUGAAUCUACUGGAGAGCCUUGCUCAGGAACACAGGUUCAGGCACCAGAUAAGAGAGGGCCUGUCCCCCAUCCUCUCUCCAUUUACUCACAGGCUGAGGAACGUCAAUGGACAGCACAAGAGCACGUUGUCACUCUACACAUCUGUCAUCGGGCACCUGGUUUAUGACAGCGGCAUUCGGAAAAGCGUGGCCAGCAGUCAGGAAUGCUGGGAAGCCUUCCUUGUUGCCAUGGACAGUAUCAGCUGUGAAGAUAGAGACGACCUCCUCUACCCUCUACUGGGCCUUAUGAUCAACCUGGCCACUGAACACACCCCAGCCAUACAGGGCUGUGCUGUGGUGUGUAGCAGCAGGUGCUGUGCUCUGCUGUCGGAUCCCAGCGGAGGCAUCAUCACGCGAGCCGUGGGCUUAUUGAGCAGGCUACUCCCCCAGUGCCCUGCUGCUGUGGAGGAGGCUGUUGUGAGGGGAGGCGCCGUGAAGAAACUGCUGAGGAUCCUAAAGUCUCCAGGGCAGGAGAGCACCAGGUAUGCCAUGAGGACACUUGCCAAGUGCACAGAGUCCAGUGUGGAGGCACGGCAACAGCUCAGUAACCUGGACAAGAAACUGCAGGUGCUGAUUGGCCUGGUGGGUGAGGGGGAGGAGCAUGUGGCGGGGAACGCUGCUCUAUGCCUGGGCCACUGUGUGUGUGAGCCAGGUGUGGCCAGAGCCCUCUUGGACACCGACUGCGUUCUCACACUCCUCCGACACGCAGCCGCAGACGACAACGCAGACGCCCUGCAGCGCAACGCAGCCAUCGCACUGGCCAAGCUCUGCCAGGCCGAGCCACGGCACAUGACAAGACUGCGAGAGCUCCAUGGACUCGAGAUCCUCCAUGCUUGUAUGAAGCUCAUCAGCUGACCAACGAGGCAGCAAAACAUUAUCUCGCCUGUGAAACUCAUCAACUGACAAACCACUCAGCAGCAAUCCCAUCCACAGACCACAUCUGUCAUAAUCUACUGUUCAAUCCACUCUGCAGAACAUAUCUCUUCUGUGAAACUCAUCCACCAGCCAACCACUCUGCAGAACAUAUACCUCCAAUAAUCUUCUGUCCAACCACUUUACUGUACUAGGUCCAAUCAUGCCUCUAUUGCACCAGAAUUACCCAGUGAUCAUCAGAGCUCAUCUUUACAGCGCCUCUCCAACCUACCAAUCUAGUGGGCCACUAGUACAUAUCCCAUCUCCACUACAGUAUUACUAAGAUGUGGUUCGGAAGGGAAUUGGAGCACUCUACAGUACAUGAUGCUGAGUUAGUUCAACACUUAGAGAUACGAUUUAACACUGUCUAGAGUGUAUUUGGACACAGAUAGAGUACUCUCGGAGUGCACUGAGUGUUGAAUUAACACUGCAUUAUUUUUUUUUACUGUGUGAGCUUUAUUAUAUGAAAGCGAUUGCUGAGCAGAUCCAAAAGUAUUGAGCAUUAAUGCCGACUCUAUCUUAGGACCCAUGGUCAUAUACACUACUUAUUGCAGUGUUGGUGUGGUGAUUCUGAGAUUCAAACAACACGAAAGGCACAGAAGUGUUGGCUGUUUUUCUGGAGACUCUACUUUAGGACCAAUUGUCGUAUACUUACUGCAGUGCUGUGGUGAGGCCACAGACGUGGUGAAGGCGUGCUGACACUAUCAGCUAAUAAUUCUCACAGUUUUUAACUGGGUGCUGAAUCCCACAUGAGCCAUAAAUGAAUGAAUAAAGGAGGCGAAGGACAGCACUCUUCAGAUUUUUUCUUAGUUUAUUUCCCCACAAACGUUUUGAGCAGAGCCCUUCUUCACAGCGUGUAAUGGCGAUUGCACCCAUGAAGAGUGCUGUCCAUCGCUUCCUUCAUUCAGUGGUGUAGUCUACGUAGAACGCAGGUAUAUGGAGUAUACCCACUUCAAAAUGUCAGGAAUUUCAGUAUACCCACUUAAAAUGGAUUGAUCCAUUAUUUAGAGUAGCACAACUAUACUGUAUACAAUAUACCCACUUCAAAAAAUGCUCAAAUAUAUACAGUAUACCCACCAUAAAAAAGUAGACUACACCACUGAGUGUUGGCUGCCUGUGUGAGUUGACUCUCAUUAACGUCCGACUGGACCCUGGGGCCAGGCCCUGACCGUCCUGACCGCUCUCCUACUGUAGGUCUUGCUGAUUUAUCUUCAGUGUGACCACAACAAGGUCAAGAUGAAAAUAACAGCUGCCUCAGAUGGAUUUUCUUCUGUGGUUCGUUUCUGUGUGUUUCCUGUUGAUGGAUUUCUUUCUUUUGUCUGAGUGAUUGAUGCCAUUGUAUCUACUCCUCUCAGAAAUCCUCUGAGCCAUUUUGUGUAAUCUUUUUUUGUGCUGUUGGUUGCUAGAGUAUAGAGAUGUUUGAUGACUUCCCAUUCAUUUGGAGAGAAAGAAAGAAACAAACAAUAAAACAGAUCUUCAGACAAGAAGGCCUGAGACUUUAAUUUCUUUUUUUCUUCUGUUUUUCUUUUUUUCUUCUUCUUCUGUGUGAUGGUUGUCAUUGAGUCAGUGACAUAAUCCAUGUAUAAACAGGUUGAUACAGAAGUGGAGUUCUCAGUCUCUUAUUUGGAUGUUGUGACAAAACAUUUCUCUCAGUGACUGUUGCAUCUUCACGCUAUGUUAAGAGAUUUUUGAUGACUUCCCAUCCAUUUGGAGAGAAAGAAAGAAAGAAACAAUUAAACAGAUCUUCAGACAAGA